UAGUUUUAAACCAUAGCUACUUCAGUGUUUUCGCAAAGGCGGGUCUUUUUUUUUUUUUUUUAAACUUCAACGACUGCGUUUUGAAUUUUGAUAUUCCAUUUCUGCUCAAGGGAAAUCUUCAUUUAUGGCUGAAUGUGAAGAAAGUGAGAAUAUCCAAAGAGAGGCAACUGAGGAGGAAAAGAGGCUUAAGUAUUUCAAAUUUGUGCCAACGGCUGUGGAUUAUAUCGUGGUUUCCUUGUCAAACCUCUACGUUUUUGCCAAGGACAACUGUCCAUUGAAGCUUGCUGUCGAGGCUGUUGAGUAUACGGUGAACUGCACAGUUACGCCUAUCUAUCAUCAGUACUGUAAUGUUUCCAAUGGGGCUCUCAAGUUUGCAGACAGCACGGUUGAUGUAUCGAUCAGUUAUGUUUCCUCAGUUGUCGAGCAGGUGUCUACCCAAGCUUAUUCAGUGGUCGGAGAUGCCCCAGAAGUUGUUCGUGUUGUGAUAGAAAGUACAAAAACUUUGUACACCAAUUAUGAAUCCACGGCCAAGGAGUUCUUCUCCACGGAUGAUUCAAAAGUAGAGGAAUAUGCUGUUACUGCUUGGCGCGGCCUUAAUAAGCUGCCACUCUUCCCUCAAGUGGCAAAUGUAGUUGCACCAACUGCUUCAUAUUGCUGUGAAAUGUACAACCAAACUGUUCGUAGCGCUUCUGAGCAGGGAUACAGUGCAUUCUCUUAUUUGCCUUUGGUGCCUACCGAGAGAAUUGCUCAGGUGUUUGGAGAUGAGGCGCCAUAAUCCGCACCAAUUGUUUUCAGCCGAGUAAAACGAUGAUGUGCUCAAGAAUAAAUGUUGGAUUUGAUUAUAUAUUUAUUGUGAGCUUUUUUAUGUGCUUAUCACGAGUGUUAGUCUAUGUUUUGGUGUGUUUUGAAUGUGAAAUAAAGGGCUAAUUGAAUUAUUGGCCUAUAUGUAAUUAUGUACAAAUUUCAUGAUUAAGUUGGAAUCUAGAGGUUUUACUAAGAA